AUGAUUCCAAUGAAGGUGGCAUACUGCGAGGACUGUAAAAAGCCUUUCGUGUCACCAGAAGCUCUUCUCCAACACAAAAAAUACACUCUCAAGCAUAAGAGAAAAUCCUGCCCAUCGCCUUCAUCUUCAAGAAUAAGCAAACUGAAAACGCAGCCUUCAAAGAUCAAAUCACAGGUGUCAGCGGCAGUAUGUUCUUCCCAGCCAGCAAAGCCUCAGAAGGAAGUCACAAGUGCCGCGCAGCUUGAUCAAAAAUCCAGCUCACCAUUGAUAUUGAAGCAGCCUCAAAGCGCAGUUGGGUCUAGCUCUAAGAAGUUGCAAGUGCAGGGGAAUAAGGAAAUUAAAAUCCAGGUCGCAAGCCUACCUUGGUCAACUGUUCUCGAAUCUGAGCAUGAGACUUUGCUCGAGACUCUAUCUCAACAAUGUCAUUCGCGUCAGGACUUGGAGAACAGCGGAUAUAUCGUGGACUCAUACAAUGCUUCGAUCUAUAUGGAUACGGAAAAGUGCAAGAAUUACAACAAAAGAAAUAAUUCCAAGCCUUUGGGGAAAUGUGUAUACCACCCUGAGAAACGAGACAAAUCGAACCCAAAUAAUUCUUACAAGUGUUGCAAUACGACAAGUACAGGGUGUAGGACUUCAGCGACACACGACUUCCAAAAAUCCAUCCGAGCUAUUCAACACAAACACUUCCGUAAUACACCACCAAUCUCUGAUGGAGCUCAGAGAUGGUCUGCGGUAACGCUUGAUUGCGAAAUGGCCGGCGUAAGCGGCGGUGCAAGCGAGCUAAUCCAGAUAUGUGUCGCUGACUUCAUCACUGGCAAGGUAUUGAUGGAUCAGCUCAUAUAUCCUUAUCAACGCAUCACCCAAAUGCGCCAAAAAAUCCACGGUAUAACGAAACAUGCGCUCCAAUCCGCGGCUAACGAAGGACGUACACUUUCCGGCUGGCGUGCAGCUCGAGCAGAACUCUGGAAGUACAUCGAUGAUAACACGAUCAUCGUAGGUCACUCUCUCGAACAUGAUUUAACUGCGCUGAGGAUCAUUCAUCCCCGCAUCGUCGACGCAGAGAUGUUGACUCGAUAUAAAAUCGCGCCCAAGUCAAGAAAAUACGGUCUAAAAGCGCUCUGCUCUGAGCUACUAAAGCUGGAGAUUCGUGCUAAUAAGAAGGCGGUUCAUGAUUGUAUGGAGGAUGUUAUGGCUACUAGGGAGGUUGUACUGUUUUGUUUAAGGAAGAAGAGGGAGUUUGGGCGUUGGGCGGGGAAGAAGAGGCGGGAGGAGGAGGAGAGGAAGAAGGAAGUGGAGAGGUUGAGGAAGGAGAAGAUGGCGAAGAAAGAGGCGCAGAAGGUGGAUGAGAAGGAGAAAGUUACCCAGGACAAGACCGAUUCCAAAGAUAACAUGCUCAAGAAAGACAGAGCAGUCAAGCAAGAGAACAUCCUUCAAACAAACACCAUCGCCGCGAAAGAGAAAGCCAUUACCAAAAGCUGGGUAGAUACGACACAAUCCGAGUGGUACAGGAAGAGAAUCCUGGAAAUGGGAUUGCGCGAUCGGGCUGCUAAGAAGAUUAAGAAAGAUGUUGAAGAUGAAGAUCCGGAGGCGGGGCUUGAUGACGACGAUGAUAGUUACUGGGAUGAUGAUGAUUCUGAGGAUGAGGAUUAUGAGGAUGAGGGUGAUUAG